AACGGCAUAUCAACGCUGGAGAAAAAUAUGAUAGCUACAGCUAGCAGUCUCUUAGCUCACGACGUGAACUGUUUCCUUCUGUAGCGUUUAAUGAUUGCACCGUUUCACAAUAUUGCAACAACAAAAAAUUGGGACCAUUGCAGUAACCUUUGUAGAAAUAUAUUUUUACCAACGUAUUGGUCUGUAAAAAUUUAUCGAAAUUCAAGUUACCUAACCUAUCGAUUGGUUCAGAAUUGCACAUGAACAUCUAGCUAGCUAGCUACAACAAUCAAAAUGGCCGACAACGAGAGCAAUAUUUUAAGUACAACAACAGGGGCAGAUCAUGUUACAGUAUCUCAAGUUCCAUGUGUUUCUGGAUUGCAAGUUAACCAGAAGCAAGUCGGCGAGAAAUGCAUUGAAGCAAAUGCACCAGAGAUCACCGAAGAGCAGGGCUUGACAGAUUUCCUGCAAAGCUGCACAAAAGAGGAUACAUUCGUUGCAAAGGACUCCCAGGAGGUUGUCAGCCAAACUGAAGACCAUGAACAACAACCUGAACAGAACAUAAUAACUUCUAUUGUUGAGACCCCAGGUAUUGUAACGGGAGCAGAGUAUUCUACAGUCAGUGCUGACUUUGUAAAUGCUCUUGCACCUGGAACCACCAUCAUUUAUGUGCAACCAGAUGGUAGUUUUGUUGAGGGAUCAGGUCUGACUGAAGAGGAGCAGCAACAGCUAGUGGAGCAGUUGGCCAAACAACAGCUUAUCACAGUGACUGAGAAUGAGGCUGCUCAUCUGUUUGAACAAAAUCAAGGCAUCAAAACAGUCCCUACUGCUUCGUCACAGAUACCGUAUACUAUUCCCAGUACAGCACUGGCUCCCAACGAACUGCAACAAGUGAUAGAGCAAGUUACCAAAUCUCAGCAAUUCAUGGCCCAGACACCCAAGGGAUCGGAGCAGGUUGUGACCACACUGGAUCCCACAACUGGCUUGUUCACGACUGUAGCAGCUUCAGAGAUUGCAGUAGCAAGCCCACAGCCACUAGUCACUAUGCAGAAUGCAUCACAGAAGCUGAAGAAUGUUGCGAAACAAGUGGCACUUCAGUCCCACAAUGGUACACGCCUGGUUCAGAAAAAGCAGGAAACCAUCAGAAUCCAAGUCCAGAUACCAUCUGGAAAGCAGGAGGGGAAAGGACCUACACAGACUACCAUAUCAAUCCCUCAACAGAAGAACUUGGCUGUGGCCAGUCAAGGCCAGCAAGUCAAAGUGUCUACGAACGGCAGUGUGAGCAACAGCCCCCAGAUCAUCCACAUCACACCCAUAGUUGGACAGCAACAGUACUUCCUACAGCAGAACCCUGGAGACCCUCCUAUUCAGCUGCUACUGCAGAGCUCAACACCUGUGGUUGGGAGCCUGGUUCCCGUUGUGCACAAACUGCCCAUACCUGUUCAGACCCCUGUCCAGCAGCCUUCAGGUAAGGCCCCGGUCAAUGGCACAACAGUCACAGCAAUUAAACCUGCCACGUCUGUCUCUGUCCCCACAGUGGAAAAAGUCAAAAGGGUCAAAACCAGAAUGAAAAAGGCACCGAAAAUCAAAACGCGUUCCGGGAGGGUGUCCAGACCGCCCAAGUACAAGGUGAAGGACUAUAAGUUCAUCAAGACAGAGGACUUGGCCGAGAGCCAUCAGUCAGAUUCUGACGACUACUCUGAAAUCAGUGUGGAGGAAGAUGAAGAUGGUGAGGAUGGUAAAAAGGGAGCAGCAUCUAUGAUUUACAGUCACAAGCGGAAGGCCUUUCAAUGUGAAACGUGCGAUAAAGCUUACAUAGGCCAUGGAGGUCUGUCCAGACACUAUAGGCUGAACCCCUCCCACGGUGAACUGAAGUCACUUCCUGAAGGGACCUCUAAAACAGACAGCCCUGAUAAAAGCGCAGACGCUGGGGCCGAACAUAAGAAGCCGACUGAAGAAAGUAAUGCAAGCAGUGUUAAAAAUACAUCAGGUCCUGAGAAAAGUGAGGCCACAGAGAAAACAGCUGCUGCAAUGUCAACCAUUCAACAAAAAGCGGAUACAUCAGCAACCCAAGGAGUAGCAGCUUCUACCAGGCAGGCUGUGGUCCAGGCUCGGGGACCAGGGAGGCCCAGAGGACGAGGCAGACCACCUACCAAAGCACACCCAGCGGUGAGACUGGGGCGACCUCCAAAGCUAGGAGGGGGAGCAGCCAGCGUGGAGCAGCAGACCCAGAGUAGGAAAGCAUGGCUCAAAGAGGUGACACACGAAUGUGACAAUGAAGAACUAAUGGAGACUGUGCUCCCUCGUCUGGCUAAGGUCAUGACUGUCUGGGAGUUUCUCCUGAUGAAGGUGGAGAAGGGGCGGCAACCCAAAACCCAGUUUUCGGAUGUGUACCGGGAGUUUGAGAAGCUCCACAGUCAGGUGAAGAAGAUGGCCCAAGACUACAUCAGUAACCCUCAGGGUGUCCACAUGGCCUUGGAGGUCCACAAUGUAGAGGUUGCCAAAUCUCUUGGCAUCUUCGAUGAGGUGAACAAGUUCAAAGUUCUGAACCCUCCAACUCAACAGAAUGUCACCAACAUGGCAACCAAGAAUGUCCACUAUAUGGAGAAUUCUAAAAUGUUACCUCCAACAAAGAGGUUUAAAAUGGAAAACCAGGCUGGUGUUCAGAUCCAUCAGAACGGCAUUGAGACUUCCACAAAAGAAUCUAGUGAGGCCAAAGUCGAGAACACCGCAACAACAAGCAUGAAGUACAUUUCGCCACAUACUGAGGUGGUCACCAAGAGUCCCGUGGGCCCUCAAGUCACUCAGACUGCUACCAUCACACCACAGGUCGUCUCAUCUAACCCUGAGACGAACAUAACACCCAUGGAACUGAUCCAGGAUCACUUAUCCAACAGCAUGACAGAGACCGUUGACUCAGUAGGAGAGGAGGCCAUGGAGACAGAUCAGGGUGUGUCUGGUACAGACCCUACCGAGGUCCUGAGCACCAGUGACAUAGCGGAUCAAAUGAAGGAGCUAGAGAAGGCCUUGGCCACAGACCCAGUCGUAGUUGAUCAGCAGCCCAUGAGUACUCAGACGCAGCAGUCCAACCCUACCCCAGUCCAGCAGAGUGGCCUAACCCAGGCUGCCUCCACCUCCAGUGGACUAGGCCAGGUGGUGGUUCAGGAGGCCCAGGGCUGCCAGGAGGUCCAGGAGAUCUACAUCCAGACGGAGGGGCUGACCAUGCACCUAGCAGAGGGCCAGGAGGGCGAAUUGGCCUCGGAGCGCAUCGUCAUCGUCAACGGGCCUGAUGGCACCACUAUGCACAUCCGCGCCCCUGAAGGAGUCCCUCUGGAAGCAGUCCACGCUCUGCUUGGUAUUGAGGCUGAGGGGAAAACACAGCAGUGAUGAUUUUUGUUCCUCCACACCCAGCCACCUCAACACCAAGCACACAUCUCUCUUUUCCAUCUGGUGGAUUUUAAGUGUAUUCCUGGUAUUCUUUGUAAAUUUGUAAACCGUUCUUUUCGUUGUGGUGUUUUCAUCCUUUAACAAGUGCUUAGUUUGUGAUAUGUUUAUAUGUAGAUAAAUAUCAAAGCAGUACAAAAAAUGUUGCACUAUUUUAUUACUUUUUAUAUAUUUGGGUGUAACAUUUUCCAAAAAUAGGUUUCUAAUACCAUUGAAAAUGAAUGCAAAUGAGGGGUAAUAAAAUCAAAAGUUAAGAAAUUGUG